AUGGGUGUUAAAGGACUCACUAGCUUCAUAAAGACCAACAAGCGCUCGCUGGCUAAAGAACUCACCUUCACUGCAAGGAAGGAAGGCGAUGAGAGUGAGCGCACUGCACUCGCCGUUGACGCCUGGGGAAUCAUCUACCCGCUCUACCGCCAGACUGAUAUCUCUUCUACUUUCGGUGGCAGCUUCAAAGACUACAAGGAGAACCUCAUCCACCUUAUCCAGGCGUGGAGAACUGUGGGAUUGGAACCAAUCUUUGUUUUCGAUGGCUGUCCAUCUUCCCAAAAGCACAAGACUAUGGUCAACCGCUUAGACCAGACUAACAAAAACCUCGAACUCUUCUGGCGUACAAACCCUCAAUCAAGACAAUCUAUCGCACUUAACGCUGUUCCUCCACUCUUGGCUGAGCUUACAGUUGAUGUCUUGAAGUCUACUCAAGUCGAGUUCAAGAUGGAAGAAUCUGAAGCUGAUUCCGCUGUUGUACACAUUGCAAAGUCUAGAAACGGUCUCUGGGCAGGCGGUGACAGUGAUCUUCUCGUUCACGACUCUGACGCCGAUACUCUCGUUGCCGAGAAGGGUGGUUACGCUCCUCUCUUAGAAAUGGAAUGGGUUGCUGAGCGUCCAGAAGAACCCGCUGAAGAUGCUUUCGACGGUGAAGAAGACGGUUUUGCUACCGUCUCAAAGGCUAACCACCCUCGUAACAUUCGUAAGAAGGAGAAGGCCGCUGCAAAGGUACAAACCACCCUCGAAGGCUACGAUACUACUCAGAUCUUCCUCAGAUCUCGCUUGUUCUCCCCACCAACGACUAAGAUCGUUGCUCUCAGAAUGGCUGUUUAUGAUCCAAAGACUCUCGCUGAGUUUGUCGGUAUCAAGCCUCUCCACCUCCCUCUCCUCGCUGCUCUCGUUGGUAACGAUAGCUCUCCACAAAUUCAAUCUCACUACCUCCACCGUGGCACAAGACCUGAAGAGAGAAUCACUAGAGUCGCAAACGUUUUGAAGGAGUACUCAGGUGAAGGUGCACAACAAUCUCUCAUCGAAUACGCCGUACAACAACUAGUUGACCCAGAUAUUGCCUCAGGCAUUCACGAAGAGAUUGCAGCUGAUGUUAUGAAGGCUUCCGCUGACUACAUUGGUGUCGAUCACGCAAACGUCUUUAGCGAGGAUAAAUUUGACAAAGAUGUUGUUGAAGCUUACAAGGGUGCUUACGUCGAUGGCAGACUCUCACCAAAGAUCUUGGAAAUUAUGCAAGAAAGAGUCUACUUCUGUCGUUUCAUUAUGGAGGUUAUCGAUGAGCGCUCCUCACAUGUUGAAGUUGGUAGACAUCUCCGUCAAUUCGCAUAUAUGAUUACAUUGGCUACUUGCAAGGAAGAUCUCAGAUUCAAGAAGGUUGAGACUGUAGAAGAGGUCCAAGAGGUCAGUGAGGAGGAGAAGAAGGCUGCUGAAGAAGAGGAGCAGGAGAAGCAAGGCGAAGAAGACGCUGAGGGUGCUCAAGGUGCCGCAGCUGAAGUUCCAGAGGGUCAAAAUGAGGAGGAUUCAGAGGCUCAACCUCAAACCAAGAUCACUACAAAGACUGUCGAGUACGCUUUUAACGCCGUAACAGAGUAUACUCGUCACGGUGUAACAACCACUCCAGUCCCAGUGGAAAUUCCUUCAAUCGAGGAUGUCCUCCCAGCAAAGAUUGAAGAAACUAAGCAGGUCAAGGAUGCUGCCAACGUACUGCCACCAUUCCCAACACCAUCCGGUCAAUCACUUCAGCUCCUCCCAUUGAGAGAGCGUCUGGCCUUGUUCUUAGCUGCGCACUCCUCAUCACACCUCUCAGUCCCACUUGCACAGGUUAUCUCAUCUGCUCCAAACCUCACACAGGACAGACACGCUCUCACCACCUCAGGCAAGGCUGUCAAGGGUGUCAACGAGGAAGGACCAAUCGGAGAUGCUUGCAAGGCUAUCCGUCCAUAUGUUCCAUUCGCUGCUGCAGUCCGCCACAUUAUUUUGAGUGUUAGAGAUAGCUCCAAGGCUUGGAACGAGAGCAUACUCGAGGGCGUCAUCAAUAUGGCCAUCAAGGUUUACACCACCAAGGAAGAGAAGAGGGAAGAGAAGGAGGAGAACGAUGAAGAUGAAGAAGACGAUGAAACUGCACUUGAGUCACCUCCAGUUGAACUUGUUCGCGCGGCAUCACAAGUCUUGUGUGCGCUCGAAUGCACUCAAAUUGUUGCCGACUCUCUGCUGCUCUCAGGCAUCACUACACCAUGCCACGCCUUCUUCGAUGGACCAACCCUCCACCGCUACCUCGCUGGCGCUGAGGAGCCUGUCGAUAAGACCCUCACCGCUAUCAUUAAGGAGUCUAUCCUCGACGGCUGCCCAGAACGCACCGUCACAGUGAAGAAGGUCAAAAAGAGCAAAAAGCCAAAGGAGAACAAGAGUGAGGACAAGAAGAAGGAGCCUAAGAAGCAACCUGCUUCUAGAUAUGACAUUUUGGCUGCAAUGGGAAUGGAUUAA